CAAUCUCUUAAUGAAGCAUAAUAUUGAAUGUAUAACAGAUUUAGAGUCACAAGAUGCAAGUAUUAAAGGCAUAGUCAAAUGGAGUCACAUUGAACAAUUUUAUAAUCAAGACAAAAAUAACGCAAAUUUUGUUUAUGCUCCUGUAUUGACUGACCAUCAUAUACAUCCUAAUAUGAAACAACAGAUGAGAGUGAAACUUGCAGCACAAGUUUUUAGUCACUCUGUUGCUGCCGGUAUAUUAGCAAAAAUUGCGUCUAAUGAACUUCCAAACGAAGCCCAUGCGACUGCAACAUUUGUUAAAAAAAUGGAUGAUUUAUUUGAUUCAAUUAAUGCGGACAGUCCUGACCUGCGUAGAGGAAAAAAAUAUUCUUGCAACUUAACAAUGCGGAGUCCUCACUUAGCCCUUUAUAAAGAUAUGCGAAAAUUUAUAUCAUCAAUGAAAUAUCUAAGUAGCAGGACAACUCCUCCUUCUCAAGACGGAUGGAUACAGACUUUAAAUGCCAUAGAAAGGUUGUGGAAUAAUUUGCAGGUCCAAAAAGUCAAGAGCUUGUCCACGCGUCGCCUGAAUCAAGACCCUUUAGAAAAUUGUUUUGGAUGCAUCCGAUAUCAUUGUGGGUCAAAUACGAAUCCGACAAUUUCCCAAUUUGUGGCAGGUAUUAAAACGGCUAUAAUUACAAAUUUACGGCACUCUGGACAAAAUACAAAUUGCGAAGAUGACAGUGCUACUUUAGCAAAUAAUUUGCUCCCAUUUUUAACAUCGAACUUGGAACAGGAGCAACAAACAUAUACUGAACAUACUGUAUCAGCUGAUAAUGUAGAAACAUUAUUAGCUAAUACAGUGGAAGCAAUGGACCAAGCUACCCCUGAAGGUCAAGCUUGUGCAUAUAUAUGCGGCUUUAUAUUUAAGAAACUGAGGCACAAUGAAUGUAAAGAUUGCCUAAAUAUUUAUGUGACAAAAAAUAUUGAAGCAAUUCACAUAUUUACCAGCUUUAAGGAAUAUGAAACUUCAAACACGUCAUUAAAUUAUAUAAAUAAAAAUGUGGUAGUAUGUGUAGAAAAGUGUGCCAUAGUAAUUAAUAAUUAUUUGAAAAACAAUGCACACACUCCACAAAUACGAACAAAUAUAAUGACAUCUUUGGGUUCUGUUGAUUUUAGUUUUUUAAAUACUUGUGUAAAUCAUUUUGAAAGUAAUAAACGGCACAUUCAAAACAGUAUAUUUUAUAUAUGUGUUAAAAGGUACAUUAUAAUUAAAAAUAGAGAAAUGGAUGAAGAUGAGAAAAAGAGAGCGUUAGAAAGAAAGAUGAAGAUUUUACAAAAUAAAUGAGAAUUGUAUUUAAUGUUUUAAGUAAGUGAACUCAUUCGUUUUAAUUUUUAAAGAUGUAAAUGAAAUGAGGUCUCACUCAUUUAUAAAGAACAUUUCAAAGAACAAAAUGCCUUGAUUCGUGAAAU